AUGCCGGCGCUUUCUUGGAAUAACUUUAAUCCCGGCAUUACGUCGUCGGAGCUUUCCCAGCAAUGGUCCAACCCGUCUGAUGUCUUCUCCGUGCUUCUCAUCCUCGGCGGCGAUGUGGUGGCUCGAGCCCUUGCUCAGCUGGCUGGGUCCCGCGUGACCCCGGUCGCUUUCUCGUUCGGUUGGGUUGCCUACGCUGUUGCAGCAGUUGUCAAUAUCUUUGGCGAGAACAGAUUGAUGCCCAUCGCUGAUUGCGCAUGCAAGGUUAUCAAUGGCUACAACGGCUAUGCUCGCGACAACUCCAGUUGGGUAAUUGGCCGCAUCGUACGCGAUUUCGAGUCGUGGAUGGAUGAUGGCCAACUAGACGGUCCUAUUCGCAAAAAGGUUGAAGAAAUAAUCGAGGACAAGCGGAAAAUCACUGGGCCUCCAAAACCGCCAAUGGCUGGGCUCUGCGUUUCCGUAUACAAGGCCAAGGAAUCUCAACCAGGCCACCCCGGCUACGACUGGGUAUACUACGCCGGUUUUGCUACUGUAAUCGUGCAGUUAGCAUUGGCAGCUGUCCCUUGUGGCUUGUAUGGUAACUGGGCUAUACUGCUGGUGACCGUAGCAGGCAUCAUAUUAUCGUUCGCAACGGGUGCUCUUCCGCAAUGGACAGAAGAGAAGUGGGCCUGUGGACGCAACUCGAAAAAGAUCACCAUCUUGACCAGAGGGAAUGGCACCCAACACGCUAUCCUAAUUAUUGGCGACGGCAAAGGGUUGGACCUGGAACAUCUUGCCGCAUCCAGUUCGAUCUCUUUCGAAUCGCGCCUGACUAAGUCCACUAUACUCAUGCUCGCGGUGCUCUGGAUCCUGCUUUUGAUCAACGCAGCCGGCAUUCAGGAAAACACCUGGUACCUGCUCGCAAUUGGUGGUAUUGGCAUGUUAGACAAUAUUCUGGCUGCAGGGGCAACACGCACCCCAGACGACUUUGGCAUUCCUCUCGAGUAUGUGGAGGUUAUUGGUCACCAUAAGGUCAUGCAGGUGCUGUUCGAAGUCGAAAAACGAUAUCCACGUGUUGGUAAAAGCAUGCUGGCUCUUUUCUUCCCGGGUCCUCUGCGAAAAGACGAGGUGACUAAAUGGGACGAAUUUGAUAGGCAGGCGAACGCACCGAAAAAGGGUAAAGAAGAGGGAACAGAGGGAAAUGAAAAGAGAAUAGGGGGGAAAGAAGAGAAGGACGAGGGAAAAGAGGCAAUAAUCACGAAAAAGGGGGCGGUGGCGGGGUAG